GCACUCAUUGUUCAUUACUAACGAGACAUAGAAGUGAACAAACAUGGCGAAGAUAUUAGUAAUCCUAGUGGUAUGUUUAGUUACCUGUUACGCUAAUGAAGUUUACGAAUAUGAACAAGCCCCUAUCGAGGAUGAGACUGAGUUAUUGUUAGAUCUUCUGUCACAGCCAAUCAUUCCAGAGAGAUUCAAGUCCGCCGAGUUCCUAGAAGCAUGGGGCAUCAAAUCCAGGUUAGGUGCUUUCAAAUGGACUGAUUGUGGAGGAGCUGGAGCUAAAGUUCAGAAUGUAUCCUUGACCCCUGACCCGUUAAAUUUCCCUGGUACAUUUACACUUGGGUUCAAGGCAAUGAUCAGUACAUCUGUCGUUGCCCCUAUUAAGGGCGAACUUCUGAUUGAGAAAAAGGUUGGGUCUACUUACGUCAAGAUUCCAUGUAUAGACAACUUCGGAUCGUGUACCUAUGAUGACGUAUGCGUUUUGCUUCAAUCCGUCACCUGUCCCGAUCCCUUCGUGAAAGCAGGAAUCGACUGUCAGUGUCCAUUUAAAACAGGCAACUACAAUGUCCCAACGGCAUCCUUCGAGGUAGACGCUGUGGCCUUCCCAUCUGGGGACUACCACGUCCGGGGAUCAGCUUCCAACGGUGGCAAGGUCAUGGCCUGUCUUGACCUUUACAUGUCUGUCGCUUAAGUGAUUUUAUGCGAGAUUAUCGCGUUAUUAACCGACCUUGGUGGUAUCUUCAAUCAAGCGUGCCAGGUGCGCUCCAAUCAUUCUGCAUGUAUAUCGAACCCAUUGAAACAUGUUCAUUUUAGGAAUACAUUUAGCUGUACUAAGUCCUCCCAUCUGUGUGUAUAUUUAUGUUAUUUUGUUUGCAAGGUAUAGACGUAAUAUAUGUUGAGAACAUUCUAUAUAAAAAGAUUCAUAUAAAACAACCUAUUUUAUUCUUA